GUGUUCCCUUUAUUUUUUUGAGCAGUAUAUAUAUAGUGUAUAUCAUUGUCUCACUAUGUAUUUUGUGUCUUGAAAUCCGGCAAAAUAUGUUUUACAGGACGAAGCAGCAUUACCAACAUCAUUAUAAUUGGCACACUGUUAUCAAUGGACUCAAAUCAACACGUGUGCCUCAGAUGUUUUUUGUAUAUAAUUUGCAAAUUUUACUCUGUCAAUUACAAUGUGGAGGACAUCCCCUCCUUUAGGAAAGUUCUCACACAGGUCAAAAUUAGCUCCUUCAUUUGGCUUGUCAGGCCUGUGAAAGCCAAUUUGGGAAUUCCACAUUGAGGGAGUAUGCACAGAUGCAGUCACCAGUCCACUAUGUCCCACUGGGGUGUCAGCGACUGGCUGCUGGGGCGAGCGGAGUAGGAUUGGUCUAUGGUGGUCAACCUCCAGAGUGACCCCCCCCGCCCUUCAUCCUCUGUCCCAGCCCAGUGAAGGUGCAUGCCACUGAGACACACACACCAUGGCCACAGGGCGUACGCCAGCCAAGACCAGGCUAGACCUGGAGGACAUAGUGGAGCAGGAGACUCCUCUGUGGGUCCCACCCCUGGGAAUCCCUCCAGACAGACACACAGCAGAGGGACUACUGGAGAAAGUAGUGGAGGUAGAGGCAGAGGAACCAGCCCAAGGGGAUGACUCUGUCUCACUCUCCAUCUCUAUCCACAGUUACACCAGGCCUCUGGUGAAGGACAGGGACCCAAGGGGAGUCAACAAGUGUCUAAAGGUGACGUUUGAGGACGUGAUAGCCGAGCCCCCCUUGGUGCGGAGCUUCGAUAAUGUGUGGCUGUGGAGCCCUGUUGAAGUGUCCCAUCUCUGGUGCUACCUGCUCAUCUCCAUCCUCCUGGCCGUGCCCGUCUCUCUGGUAGCAGGGAUCCUCUUCGCUGUCCUCAGCUGCCUACACAUCUGGCUGAUCAUGCCCUGUAUGCAGCUCUUCCUGAUCAACAUGCACUGGGUUCAGACUGUUUCGAGCAGUGUGUUCAACAUCGCCAUCACUCCCUUCUUUAAGAGUAUGGGAAAGUGCUGUGGUAGCAUCAACGUCCGACUAGCCAGAGACUGAAGUUGGGCUCUGCCACCUUCUA